GUCAAACAUUAAAGUGCUGGCUGACACUGAGGACUGACAGCGUGGUGUUUGAAAGAGUAUUUGAAAGAAUAAAAGAUGGAAGACAAGGUUUUAGUGGGCUGCAGAGCACAGGCACGGAAAGGGCAUAAGCGCGAUCUUCAGGAGCUGAGGGUCGUCCUUCUGGGGCACGACUGGCUGGAGAAGAGCUUGACAGGAAACACCCUCCUCAGCCGACAGCUGUUUGAUACCAGCAGAGACGUGAAGAUGUGCGUCAGGAGACAGGGUGUUCUUGACAGCGGCCGUACAGUUAUUGUUGUCAACAGCCCUGAAAGGUGCAUCCACUACUCUGUCCGAGACCCCGGCCUGGUGAGCGACAACAUGGCAACCUGCAUGGCCAUGUGCCCGCCAGGACCUCACGCCUUCCUCAUGAUCAUACCCAUCAGCCCUCACCGAGGCAGAGAGUGGACAGUUGAGGGACCUCUUGAGGUGCUGAAUGACACAGUGUGGAGAAACACGAUAGCAAUAUUCACCAGAUGUGAGAGGCUGAGAGGAUCAUCUGUAGAGGACUACGCUGCAAGACACAGCUUUCUCAAAGCAGUUUUGGAGAAAUGUGGACAUAGAUACCACCUUUUAGACACAAGCAUUUGGGGAGACGAUGAUGAUACUCAGGUUGCAGAACUUUUAGAGAAGAUUGAUGCAGUGGUUGCAGGAAACAUAAAAGCAGGAGGAGCUGGUUAUGUGACUACAAAUGAGGAAGUCUCUAGAAUAACUGGGAGGGAAAGGAAAGAGGUAGAGGAGAGGGCGACUCUGAGGCGAAUGAAUGUGCAGAUGGCCAGGAGCACACUCAGAUCUCUCAUAGGAGAGUCUCCUCCGAUCUCAAUGCUUCGAAUUCUUAUCGUGGGACUGAAGCAGGUUGGGAAGAGCUCAGCUGGAAAUACCAUUCUUGGGGAGGAAGUAUUUCCUGCUGGAUAUCCAACAUCACAGUGCACUAAGAGACAGGGUGAUGUUCAUAACAAGGGAGUCACUGUGGUUGAGGCUCCUGGCUGGCAUGGCAGAUACUGCUCAGAUGACACUCCACAGGAGGUACAACAACAGAUUACCCACAGUGCAUCUCUGUGCUCCCUUGUUCCCCAUGCUGUCCUGGUGGUCGUACGCAGCGAUGAGACUUUUACUGAAACAGAUCGCUUGAAAAUGGAGGAACACUUAAUCCUUGUUGGAGUGUGGGCGUGGACUCGAGCCAUCGUGUUGUUUACUUGGGGAGACAAGCUGGGAGUCACCCCUAUUGAGAAGCACAUUGAGAGAUGGCCUGCCCUUCAGUGGUUGGUGGACAAAUGUGGGAAUAGAUAUCAUGUUUUUGAUAACUCAGACAAGGUUGGAGACCUUCAGGUUAGGGAACUGCUGGCAAAGAUUGAGGAAACAGUGGUGGGAAGUGAUACUGGACACUUGUUGCGUGGUUUUAUGACACUCCAAGAAAGCAACAGGCAUCUGGAUCUGAUCUCCAAAAAGAAAGCAAGACAGCUAAAGAGGGCAAGGAAGGACAAUGAUCUGCUGAGGCAAACAGUCGAGCAGAAGGAGAGGGUAGUACAGGACAUGAUUAAAACAGCUAAAGGGAAAGAUGAGCAGACUGAAGCUCUGAAGGCAGCAGCAGAGAGGAAAAAUAAAGACUAUGAAGAAGAGAUUGGCAGAAGAUUAGCGGAGGCUGAGAGGGAGAACAACCAGCUCAAACAAGUCAUUAUGGGCAAAGACAGAAUAAUAACAAGCUUGCGUGAAAGAUGUGCUGUGAAAGAUGAUGUGAUUAAAGCUACAAAGCAAAGCAGCGAGCUGGAAAAGGAAGAGCUGGAGGAGAGAGUGAAGGAAUGGGAGCAAGAGAUGGCAGCCUUCAAGAAAAAGUGUGAGGAGAAAGAUAAAGAGCUGGAUCAAAUGAUGAUCAAUCACAAAAGAGAAGCAAAAGAUUUUAAAGAAACAAUAGAACAGCUGAAGAGAGAAAAAGAGGAUAUAAAGAAGGUGCUGGAUGCCACAAUUGAAGGGAUGCAGAGGCACUAUCAGAAAAAAGACACCAAAAAUGAGAUGAACACUGUGCACUCUAACAAAGGUCACAGGAAAACAAUGAUGGACCUCAUGUUAUUGGAGGAUCUUGGCCAACGAAAAUGGGCCUUCACGGUGCCAUUGAGCCACCAUGGAGACGCUGUCAGACCCAGUGAGUAUAAUGUUAUUAGCAGCACAGAACCUGAGUGAGAUGAUCCUGAGUCUGGUGUAGUUAUGUGAGGCCUUGUCUACACGUACAUGGUAUAUUUGAAAACAUAGCUUUUUGCAAUGCAUUUUGGCCCUUCAUCCACACACAAACAGUUUUAGGUCACUGAAAACUGAUCUCUUGUAAAACUCUGGGGUUGAGAUUUCAGACACUGGGUCUCAUUCAUGAAAUGUUAAUAAAUCUGUGAGUAGGCCUGCACAUGUGUGUAUGUUUAUGAAUGCCAAUCAAUCGUUAAUUGACCGUGCACUCCCCCUUGUCAGUGCUUAGCAUACAUGCCCGCCCGUAAGUAGCCAGUGACUACCAUGUAUGCAGGUGAUAAUUACUAUGGAUAGUAAUUGUCAAAGAAAGAGAUAGAGAAAAAGAAAAACUGAAAGACUGAAGUUAUUUUAGGUGAAGUGGGGUUGAAAAAAGCAUUUUAGUUUCUUCUCUUAGUAGUGGUGUGACAGGGACAGGUAAAUCACAGGCCUGGAAGGAGGUAGUGGGUGCUGUUAACUCCGCGUCAUCUGUAAGAACCAUCCAAAAAGUUAAGCGAAAAUGGUUGGGUAUGAAACUAGAUGCAAAAAACACACAAGUACACACAAAAAAACACAACAACUACAGGAGGCUCUCCCCAGUCACAGCUCUCUGCUGCAGAGGAGCACAUUGCUUGCAUCAUUGGAGAGACCUCUCUGUCAGUUUGCCCUAAGCCUUGCAUUUUUUUGUCACUGCUGUAAAAUUAAACUACAAUUAAAACAUCUUAAUACAGUAAGUCUAAUAUAGGCAGUAAACCACCACCAAGUAAGAUAGUCUCCCUCCAACUCUCUGCCAGAUUCGGGUUCACCAGCUGCCCAGUGUGAGCGGAGACAGACGCCAAAUUGCUUUCCCACAUCCACAAGUCUUAUUAAACCAAGACUCAAUUUGAAAUUAUGCUUACAUCCCCCACGUUGCAUCUCUGAUAAUUAUAUUAAACAAAAAUGACAUGCAGUUUGGGGCUGCAGUGCGUAAAGAGGGCAGAGGAGGAGUGUGUUGGUUUGUUAUUUUAUCUAUUCAGAGAACAGGGGUUUCCAAUUUUGUAUCAAGUCCAUUGAAAUAAAUCAUUGUCAUUUUUAAGAACCCCAAUCUGAAGCUUAAAUCUGUUAAAUGCCAACAAAUUUAACUAAAUGUGUUGCAUUUCUAAUCUCUUGUUGUGUGUAAAUUACAUGUUUCAACGCCAUCUGUGUAUUGUUAACAUAACAGAGCACAAUGCAAAAUAAAACUGUAAUUUCUAAUAAUGAUAAGCAAUAUCUUGUUUACACAAGCACUACAAGCAGUCAGAAGCAGGCGUAGACUUUGUUGGUACCUAUGAAAAGAUCGGAGCUACACACAUACAGUAUAGAUGAAUGCCGAAAUACUCUAAAUUUCCUUCUGUGAACAGUUUACACACAAAUUCCUUCUGCUCACGUUUCAUGAAUGAGACCUACUCUUUUUUUUUAGUGUUGACGUGUAGACAGGGAAAACAGAGUUUUUGGCUUGUAAUGUCAGAGUGCACACCGUUAUCUCCUUUGUGUGGUGUCACAAAUGAGGUGACAUUUCCUGCAAUGGCAGCUGUGACCAAAAUAGUGCUGGCUUUAACCUUGCUAACUUUUUCACAUAUUGUAAAACUUAAAUUAAAAGCCUAGUCCCAAUUUAACGCCCAGUCCCUUUAACUAGCCUGGUGUGGCUACACAUUUUGACAAAUGAAUACCUGUGUCAUUUAGACACCUGGUCUGGUUGCCUAGUUGUUCAUUUUUAUAGAAGUUCUUUGUAUGUAUAAAAACAGGUUGUUGGCUGGUCACUUAGGCUUACAUUCGUUAGUUGUUUAGGUCGCACAUACAAAUAUGAAUGUUUAAAGUUUUGUCAAUAUGGAGGCGCUACACAUCAUUAGCUCAGUUGGAUUCUCAGUUUUUUAAAACCACGAGCAUCAGAGAAGACCGUUAAUUCACUCAGAUUUAGCAGCACGACAAUAACAAACAAAUGGAGACUCACCUCCUCUGACGCGGUCAUAAAGCCAGAGUAUGUGUCCAUUCCUUGAUUACACGCUAAGUUAUUCAUAUUCCUUUAGUCCAUAAAGAUCCAGCAAUCAAAAGAAUCAAAAGGGUUUUUCAUAAAUAUUGUUUUAAAGCAACACAAUGGAGUUUUUGAGCCCUCAAAAUAUAUAUCCAAGAUCUUUUUGAUGGAACAUCAACUCACAAUAGGUUGGAUGACACCUCUGUCAUUGCUUAAGAGCGUCUGUUUCACUUGCACUGGCACUAUGCAGUUUCGGGGUUCGGGUAGGAACCCAGACACAAAAAGUACUACAAAAUUUGGCUGCUUUACGGCAUAUGUCAUAUCCCCUCCUCUCUUUAGAGUAGCGUAGCUGAACCGAGGUGAACUAAGUUAGAUGUGGUUGUCAUGGCUGAAGUGACAAAGAAAAGGAAGAAGGUGAAAGUGUUGUCCGAGGAGACAAAGAAAGGAAAACGGGAGAAUGAUAAAACAAGAGCUCGAUGAAGGAUUAAUAUUGGCCCGGCUUUCACAUGCUGGCGAGAGCUGAAAGAGGAGGAGGGAUGCUCGACCGAUGGUGACCUGGCGCUGUUACUGCAGGACUCAUAAGACUCACUGUCUGCAGGUUGGCUGCCUCAGGUACAUUUUAAGAUAAAGUGUUAGCCUACAUACAGACAGCUUUCAUUUUAGUUUGUCUUUAACUGUUUGCUGUUAGCACCGCAAGCGUGCAUACAGAGCAGAUUGAAAUAUGUCUUUCUACAUGCUGAUCACAUGUACUGAUAAAAUGUUGGCUUGGCUGGCAGAGGUUUUAUCGCACUUACUCACAGUAACAAGCGUAGUUGUCGUCAACUAGAGUAAUCUUGACGUUAUAUUCCCUUCAUCUGCUGUUGUCUGACUUCACUCUGUUGAGUUUGUGUGUUUGUGUGUGCGCGCGCUGUGAGGAGGAGGAGGUCAGCCCUGACAUGCAGAGAGCAACUCAUUUCUGAGUUUAGAAAAUGAAUAAAUAAAUAAA